GGCUUUGGAUCCAAAGUUUCAGAGGGGCCACAGGGAAGAGGAUAAGGGACGGAGACAGUCUACAUGUAACGGGUCACGCUUCGAUGAUGUCAUGUAAUGGAAAAGCAACAGUCCUUCGACCAAUCCUCUACCUGCUUGUCUUGGUUUGGGGUUGCUAUGGUAACAGCGAUGGAGGGGGUAGGAUUCUUGUCUUCCCCGAGGAUGGCAGCCACUGGAUCAACAUGGAGGUCAUCCUCCUAGAGCUCCACUCCAGAGGUCACCACAUCACUGUGCUGCGCUCCGCCGAAAGUUGGUACAUCCCCCAGAACUCGCCCCUCUACACCUCGGUCACUGUGCACCCCGCUCCUCCCCCGGCAGAGGAGGACAUCGGUCCAGACUUCUACACCGUCCUGAUGCAACGCUCGCUGGCUCUACGCAAGAUGUUACCCGUCCGUCGCUUCUUAGAGCAGCAAAAGGACACGACGGCCAUGUUAACUAUGUUUCACGGCAGGGCGCUCCGUUUGAUCUCUGCCAUCUUAGACGACUCGAUCCUCGUGGCCAAACUGAGAGAGUCGAGAUUUGAUCUGAUGUUCACCGAUCCGACGUUUCCCACCGGGGUGCUCCUGGCCCAAUACCUGAGCCUUCCCGCGGUUUACAACAUCCGCUGGCUCAACGCAGGCGAGGCCCACACCAUCAUCGCCCCGACACCGCCGUCCUACGUCCCCAUGUACAACUCGCUGUUAAGCGACCGGAUGGACAUCCUGCAGAGGACGGAGAACUUCCUGCGCUAUCUGGCCAUCGUCGCUCAGGAGCGCCUGGUCAUCGUACCGAUCUACGCCGAUCUCCUGCGGCGUCACUUCCCCCCCGGGGCUGACCUGUUCUCCAUGCAGCGCUCCGCGGACCUGUGGCUGAUGAGGGUGGACUUUGUGUUCGAGUUCCCGCGGCCCACCAUGCCCAACGUGGUGUACGUGGGGGGCUUCCAGUGCCGUCCGGCCAGGCCGCUCCCUGCUGACCUCGAGGCCUUCAUGCAAAGCUCUGGGGAGCACGGGGUGGUGGUCAUGUCUCUGGGGACGCUAGUGUCUGCCCUCCCCAAGGAGGUGUCCGAGGUGGUGGCCCUAGCAUUCGCCCAACUGCCCCACAAGGUGGUAUGGAGGUUCCUGGGAGAAAGACCCGCUUCCUUGGGGAACAACACCCUGCUGAUGGAUUGGCUCCCCCAGAACGAUCUGCUGGGUCACCCCAAGACUCGUGCCUUCGUGGCUCAUGGAGGCACCAACGGCAUCUACGAAGCCAUCUACCACGGGGUCCCUGUGCUCGGCCUGCCACUCCUCUUCGACCAGUUCGACAAUGUCCUGCGGUUGCAGGCGCGUGGAGCGACAAGGGUGCUGGAGGCCGCCACCCUUACCACAGAGGACUUCCUGGAGGCUCUAGAGGACGUCCUGGACAAUCCCUCCUAUCGCGGCAGCAUGCAGAAGCUCUCCCGUCUGCACCGUGACACGCCACUGGCACCGCUCGCCAGGGCCACCUUCUGGAUUGAGUAUGUGAUCAGAAAUGGCGGAGCGUCCCACCUGCGCACGGAUGCCUACAGCCUGCCCUGGUACUCUUACUACAGCCUGGAUGUGGUGAUGGUGCUGCUGGUCCCCUGCGUGGCUUCGCUCUGGGCCUUCAUCUUUGUCUGUAGCAGGCUGUGCUGUAGGAGAUCCAGGAAGAAGACCAAGCAUGACUAAAAGUUCUGAUAAACUUUUUUUUUUUGGCAGCCUGUAGAGUUGAGAGUAAAAUACCCUUUGCUUUUUCUUCAACAAGUGAUUCUAUCAAAUUAAUUUUAAGGUAAAUUGGUCUCAUUUUUUGUCAUUUUGAAAAAGUUCUAGAUAUAAUCAAAAUUAUGUUUAAAUAAAAAAAAAUGUCCACAUACAGAUGUUGAAAUUGAGAAAAAUGUAGAUUAAAGUAGUGAUAAAUCAAAAUUAAAGUAUGUUGGGGGCAAGA